CCUGCAGUGGCUGAUUCACCUUCUACAAGCAACAAAAAAAUGAUGUCGACUGCUCAGUCUCUUAGAAAAGAAUACCCCUUAAGAAAGCAAGAAUCUACUUUAAGUAAAAAGUCAGCUAAGAAGAAAGAUGGGACAUUCCAGAAACUUGGUGAUUUUUUCCAAAGUUCUCCUACUAUUAUUCACUCCAAAGCAAAGAAGCUGAUUGAGACAAUAAGCUCUCCAAAGUCUGCAGAACCAGAAAAAGUCAAAGAAGAUGAGCUCAAGCCAAAACGAGCUAAGAGAAAGCUGUAUUCAACUGACAUUUCUUCCCCCCUGCAUAUCCCCGUUUCUUCAAUCUUUGUAGAACAAAAAGAAAAGGAAAGUGAUCAUCUAAUCAUCAAGCGACGGCUACGAUCAAGAAUAGUAAAAUAAUCUUGCAAACAUGUGUUUGUAUUUCCUAGCUGGGGCAUAUUUCCAGCUGAUUGUAUGUAGGAAGUAAUAGAUAUUUAGUCAUGCUUCAACAUCUGUAUAUAGUUGUAUAGUAUUGUUCUGACUCCAUUAAAGUUGAGGCAUUCAAGAAAGCUUGUG